AUGGAAGCAGACCAUCACGAUGCCCAUAUAGAGGCAGAAAAGGCAGACGGCAUUCUCCAAGAUUGGCACGGCGGCGACGACAAGGAAAACCCUAGGAAUUGGUCCACUUUUCGAAAGACUACAUCCACAGUGAUUGUUUGCUUGAUUGGGUUUGCAACUACAGUGGGAGCUUCUAUAUACUCCGCGGGCCAUGAACAAGUCAAAGAGCAAUUCAAUGUAUCAACUACUGUGUCGUUGUUACCACUCUCGGCGUACUCGCUAGGGCUGGCCUUUGGACCUAUGAUUUCCUCCCCCCUGUCCGAGACCUUUGGCCGCAAGCUGGUCUAUCUUCUUACGCUUCCCCUGGCCGAUAUUUUUACCAUUGGCGUUGGUCAGUCGCGCAAUAUCGCCUCUCUCAUUGCUUGCCGCUUUGUUGCGGGCUUGUUUGCAGCCCCUGGGAUUUCUGUCGCCGCAGCUACCAUUACCGAUUAUACACCACCGUCGCAGCGGGUCAUUCCGCUAGGAAUCUACUACUCUGUUCCGUCCAUCGGCAGCGCAAUGGGGCCUUUGAUAGGGUCUUUUGUGGUGGAGCACCGAGGCUGGCGAUGGACAGCAUGGACGCCGCUCAUGAUGGCUGCCGUUUUACACCCGCCAGCACUUUUCCUCAAAGAGUCGUAUAAACCGAUCAUUCUGCAACGACGGGCCCGGAUGCUUGGAGCGGCUGCAGGAUUGAAUGCCGAUUCGCGAAGUCUCUCCCAGGGGGCGAAAGAAUUCAUCACCUCCACAAUCGUCCGCCCAUUGCAUAUGUUAUUCACAGAGCCUCUGGUUGGCUUUAUAUGCCUCUACUGUGGAUUCCAGUUUGCCUUGAUAUACACCUUUGUCGUCGCUAGUCCCCGGGUGUUCCAGAGUGUGUACGGGUUCUCCGCGAGCGAGCAGGGCCUGUCCUUCCUCGGCAUGGUUGCAGGGUGUAUUGUUGCGCCUAUGGUCCUAUUUACCGUUGACCGGUUGGUGAAGCGAAGACCCAACUGGCAGCGUCGUAUCGACCCUGCAGCGGCCUCUGCGCCAGAAACAACCGAUCCUCCACCAGAAGUGAAACUAUAUACAGCCAUGUUCGGAAGCUUGGUACUUCCAAUCGGGCUUUUCUGUUUUGGAUGGACAGCCCGACCCCGUAUUCCCUGGAUUGUGCCAAUCAUUGCCCAGGGGAUUACUUUCUUGGGGAGCAUUUUGAUCUACAUCCCUUGCAACUUUUAUAUGCUGGACGUGUACGGCUCCAAAUACGGUGCAUCCGCGAGUGGAGCCUCGUCCUUUACGCGGUAUACGCUUUCUUCAGCGUUUCCACUAUUUGUAUCGCAGAUGUACGCAGCGCUGGGAAUAGGAUGGGCUACGAGUCUUCUGGGGUUUAUCUCGCUUCUUAUGGCACCUAUUCCUUGGUUGUUCUUCUAUUCUGGACCGAAACUGCGUGCUAGAAGUGCAUAUGAACAUGGGACUUGA